GGCGAUGCGGAAGUUCUGCGCUCUCAUCCGCGGAGAAGAGGGGAGAAGAUAACGAGCACGUCGAACCCAUUCGUGAAGCACUGCGUCAAGCUCCGCCAGAGCUCCUCCUACCGCCGCUCGAAUGGAUGCGCUCUCGUCGUCGGCCUCACCCCGAUCAUAUGGUGGAGUGAGUCCCGAAGGACUGGAUGACUCUUAUGCUUCCGUUGUGCAUGUCAGCCCCAGUGUAAUGAAGAAGCUUUCUGGUAUGCAAUCAAUCGACUCCAUUGAAGGAGUAGCACUUAUGAGAAUCCCUGGGAGUUUCUAUGACAUGGAUGUGAAUCAAGAGGAAGACAUUCAUUGGAAUUCUGUCCCUUCUCCUCACCGAAUAUUAGUUCUCGAUGGCAUUCAGGACCCAGGUAAUCUUGGCACACUUUUGAGGUCAGCUGUGGCUUUCAAUUGGGAUGGAGUUUUCCUACUUUCUGGCUGCUGUGAUCCUUUCAAUGAGAAAGCCCUACGAGCAGCUAGAGGAGCAUCCUUUCAGCUCCCUCUUGUGUCAGGCAAUUGGUCUCAUCUCAAUUCCUUGAGGUCUAAAUUUCAUAUGAAGAUGUUGGCAGCUCAUCCAGGAAACUGUGGUGAAGUACAAUCUAAGGGACCUUCCGCCCUAUCUCGACAAUUUGUAGAUUCAUUUUCAGAUUUGCCUCUGUGUUUGGUAUUGGGCAGCGAGGGGAGUGGUCUUUCUAUGCAAACGAUGCAAUCAUGUGAGCUUGUAAGCAUUCCAAUGGGAGUCAUCAAAAAACGAGGUGCGCGCUUGAUGAUUCACUUCCAUGACAUGAGGUACUGGAACCCGGAACAGCAUGAAAUUCUCAAAAGUAAAUGCCAAAGAGGAACACACAAGGAUGAUUUGUUAGGUUGAACCAUAGUCCACUAAGAUCACAUCAAUCAAGCUAAUAAAAUUAAUUAACCUUUCUUUUAAUAAAGUAAAGAGAGUAUGAAAAAUGAAAGAAACGGUCACCUAAUAAGUUGGGAAACACCUCCCUCCAUAAUGCUAUCCUGAUCGAUCACAAGGCCUAAAGCUAGGAGACAUGUGACCAAAAUGCCCAUUACAUGGUCCGCUGAAAUUUUGUCUGUCCUCAGCGUGUCUAUAGAUGAAUGGCCAUAGCUUAUGUUAUAAUAACGAUAACCCAGAAAAUUGCUUUAUACGUGCAAGCUGAUUAGGGUAAUAGGUCUGCUACAAUAUUUUUAUGUUUUCAGUAUUAAGGCAUGGUUUGUGUAGGUCUCAUUUCACGGU